AUGCCUGGCUCAAACCAUAUCAAGCCUUUCGCUUUGCAAGGCCGCACUUAUGUCCAAGGAAAAGCUUCAGGUAGGCUCCUUUCAAGCAACUUGGAGCUGAGUUUCUGGGGAGGCGUCAAUGCAGAAACAGGAGAAGUCAUUGACCGUCACCAUGCUCUAUCAGGAGAGUAUCUUCAGGACAAAAUCUUGGCCAUACCUGGCGGUCGUGGUUCCUGUUCAGGCAGUGGUGUGAUUCUAGAGCUGCUUCUUAACAACAAAGGACCCAGAGGCAUGGUAUUUAGGAGACGAGAAGAUAUUCUCACGCUCGGUGUUAUGGUCGCGGAAGAAAUGUUCGCGAAGGCCAUACCUGUGGUUACGCUCAGCGAAGCCGACUUCGAUCAUCUGUUGGACUACAACGGACACCAGAUUUACAUGGAUGGCUCAACCGUAUCACUGUUCGAGUCUUCCGGCUGUUGCGAAAGCUUUUCGAUAUUUCAGGACAUAAACAUAAAUACAACUCCAGUGGACAACAUAAAGUUAUCAGACCUUGACAGAGACUUCAUUGAAGGCGUUUACGGAGACGCUGCUCGUGUUUCUAUUCGAAUUAUUCUGCGAAUGGCCGAUUUGUUGGGUGCUACGGAGCUGAUGGACAUCAGCCAAGUCCACAUCGACGGCUGCAUUUACACUGGACCUGGAUCACUAGCCUUUGCUGAGAAGCUCCGAGAUUUGGGAGGCCGCGUUAGGGUUUUUACAUCUCUUAAUUCGAUCUCUGUCGACCAGAAGCGUUGGCGCUCCCAAGGAGUCGACGCCACUCUAGGAGCUGCCGCCACGAGACUCGCCGAUGCCUACACUGACAUGGGCGCCAAACCAACACUUACUUGCGCUCCAUACCAACUCGAAAGUGCACCAGCGCUCGGAGACCAAGUUGCCUGGGCUGAAUCGAAUGCAGUGGUAUACGCGAACAGCGUGCUGGGGGCUAGGACUAUGAAAUAUCCGGACUUCCUCGACAUCGCUAUUGCGCUCACUGGUCGAGCACCGAAAGGGGGGCCUCAUGUCGAAACGAACAGGCUAGCUUCUUUGGUAAUUCGACUGUCUGACUUGAACAGCCAAGCUGCUGAAGUAAUUGACGACUCCUUUUAUCCUUUGAUGGGCUAUCAUGUAGGGAGUUUGGCAUUAAAUGAAAUCCCCGUGGUAGUUGGAAUGGAACCUCUUGCGCCGUCAAAGGACGAUUUGAAAGCUUUCGGGGCAGCUUUUGCAACAGUAUCGAGUGCACCCAUGUUCCACAUCGUUGGUGUUACUCCAGAAGCGGCAUCUUUAGAAGCCGCCAUACAAGAACAUCAUCAGACACGGUCUAUAGAUGUUAAACUAGCUGACCUGUACAUGUGCUGGGAGAAAUUGAACAGUGCGAAGAAAGGUCAGCGAGUGGAUUUAGUAUCUCUUGGUAACCCUCAUUUCUCUAUCUCCGAAAUCAGAAAGCUUGCCGGGCUUUGUCAGGAUCGGACAAAACACCCAAAGACUGCGAUAAUCGUAGCAUGUGGAAGGUCAACCUUUGGCUUAGCCAGCCAGGCGGGACUCAUUAUGGAUUUGGAGGAAUUUGGUGUCCAGUUCACGACCGACACCUGCUGGUGCAUGAUAACUGAGCCUCUUGUGCCACCAUCUUCAAAACUGAUAAUGACGAACUCGGGAAAGUAUGCGCACUACGGACCUGGGUUGACCGGAAGGGGCUUUUACUUUGGUAGUCUUGAGGAUUGUGUCAACGCCGCAUGUGACGGUAAUGCCAGCAGGUGUGCGCCUCGGUGGUUACCUGGCUGUGUUGAAAAGGUCUCAAUAGAUUAG